AUGCUGGCAGCGGAUUUGCUCCUGUUUCUUCUUCGUGUCGGCGAGCUUGCCUUCACGACGGUUGUGGUGGGCCUGACUGGACACUAUCUCCACCAGACGCAUCAAGCCUCAACAUGGUCUAGGAAACGGUUUAUUUACACCGAAGUAAUUUCGGCCUUGGGUCUCCUGUUCUCGCUCCUCUUCCUGUUCCCUUUCGCCCGCAGCUUCAUCCACUACCCGGUUGACUUCCUUCUCUUCAUUGGGCUCAUGGUUGCCUUCGGCCUUCUCGCAAGUUUCAUCGGCCCCAUGAACUGCGGUAGCAUCUGGAACUGGGGUGGGAUUACCGGUAAGAGCACAUGCUCGCAGUUCAAGGCCAAUAUCGCAUUCUGCUUCUUAGCUUCGAUCUUCUUCCUGGCCUCUGGGUUUCUCGGGAUGUACUACGUCCACCGUCGCCGGGCGGUGACUGAUGGUACUGUCCGCCGCAGACGUUGGUACCGCUCCCGCGUCUAG